UCUGAUAUGCCCUGAAGCAAAACCUGUGAUUAUUCUAUUUUUCUCUAGAAAAACGACUUGGACCAGAUUUAUGUAGUACACUUAAAAUCUAGGAUGACUGUGAGGAUGUGAAUGAAUAAUACAUUAUAACAUAUUUGUGAAAGAAAUUUGUUGUGAUAUUUAUUACUUACCGUUCAAGUCAACUUUAUUUUUUAAUUAAUUUAAAUUUAUUGGCGUGAAUUCACAAAUUGGAAGUUUUUUUUUUUUUUUUUUUAAUAGAAAAUUUGACAGAUUAAUUUACAAAUUUAUAUAUUUAUUUAUUAAACGUCAAUAAUUAUCCUUUAUAAUUGAGAAUUAUUUUAUUUGCCUUCAUCACGUAAUGGUGGUGGUGGACUAUGCAAGAUGAAAAAACCGCGUAAGGCCCUGAAAACUGGUUAACUGAAAGCCCAAUGGUAUUUUACUAAGUAUUCUCCAUAUAAAAAGGUUGAGCCCAACUCACAUCAUUUCAUUGGCAAGCCCAAAAACUUAAUUCAUUAACCAAUCUCACAACCCUUAGAUUUAAAAGCAUCUCAACCGUUGUCGAGACAUAAUAAUAACCUGUGUCAGAUGAGAUGUUCAGUUCCGAGCCCAACUCUCUCUCUCUCUCUCUCUCUCAAGGAUGAUGAUCUGAAGGCGCAAGAUUUUGUAAAUUUUUGUUUCUAUCAUGAAAAUCCCCUCUGUAAAUUUUCAGAGACAAAAUAGGAGUAAUCUACAAGAUCUUAAUUAUUUGUUAAAAUUAUGCAGAAAACUGUAAGUUCAAAUCCCAUGGAGAAAACCACCUCAAUAUGUUGUGCUCAAAACGCAAGUGAGAAGGAUGAUAAAGGAGGAGGGUUGUGUUUGGAGGAUCGCAUUAGUGGACUUCCUGAUGUUAUACUCGUUUCCAUCUUGUCACUAUUGACAAUGGAAGAAGCUGGAAGAAGUAGUCUGCUGUCAAAGAGGUGGAGGUACAUGUGGACUUACAUUGCUUCUUUGAACUUUGAUGCCUCACAUAUUAUAGAUGGUCUGGAACUGGAAGAGAAGGAACUUGAAGUAGAAAGGCCUUUGUAUUUGAGUUGGGUUAGUCAAGUCUUGAACUCGUACAAUGGUCCAACUAUAGAUCAAUUCAGAGUUCAAUUUGAUCUCGAUGACACUUGUAGAUUUGAUAUCGACAACUGGGUUAACUUUGCAAUCCAAAAGAGAGUAAAAAGGCUUGAUUUAGACUUGUAUCAAUUUGGGAGAACCACUGAGGGUUACAAUUUUCCUGACACAGACCGAAUUACAAAUCACCUACAUUCAUUGUCCCUUGGGUUUACUAGGUGCAAUUCGCUAACCAAUCUCCUGCUCAAAGACGUGAAUGUAACUGGACAAGUUCUUGAGGACUUCUUAACGAACUGCCCAUUUUUGGAACAAUUGUCUGUGGCAAAAUCCGAAUGUUUGGUAAAUCUGAAAGUUCACUCUCUCAAAUUGAAGCGCUUGGAGAUAACUUACUGCUUCAAUGUGGAAAGUAUUGAAAUUUCUGCUAUGAAUCUAGUGUCAUUUAACUACUUUGGACCAAAAAUAAGCCAGCCAUUUAAGACCGUCAAGGAGCUUGUUGAACUAUAUAUUGGGGGUGAUUACUACGAUUAUCUAAUUUAUAACUUUUUCGAGAUUUCAAGCUAUCUUUCUCAUCUAGAGAGCCUUACGUUGGACAUGACCUCCGUUGAGAAUGGUAUCAAGUUUGCUAAAUUUCCAGUCUUUGAUAAGCUCAAGCAACUGGAGUUGAAAAUUUGUGUUACAAGUGAAUAUCAAAGUCUUCUUGUUUUUGCUCUCUUGAUAGAGGCGUGCCCUUUCUUGAAUAAAUUUAUCUUACAGUUGGAAUUAUUCAGGGAAAAGCAGAAAAGAAUACGACAAAGUUUUGCGUCUCGCCCCCAUCAGUAUCUUAAGGUGGUGGAAUUCAUCGGGUUUGUUGGGCGUACAAAUGAUGCUGAGCUUGCUAUGUAUUUAAUCAAGAACGCCGUCGUGCUUGAGAAGAUUACUUUUGAUUCUCACAGACCGUUUCUAAUAGGAACUCCAUGGGAGCAUGAGGAUACCAAGGAGAGAAAAGCAGCAAGAAAGCGUGCCAAGCAUUUCCGAAAGAAACUUCCUGCUGGAGUAGCUUUAGUAAUCCUAUAAUUCUUUGAUUAUAUGUUACAAGUACAUACUUCCUGUUGGAGCAAAAUGUAUCAGUAUCUAUCUAUGAUCUAUAUUUACUACAUAUAGAAGUGUAAGAAUUUUUCACUCCCUCUAUCCCAAAAUAAGUGUCAUGCUUUCUUUUUUUAUCUGUCCCAAAA